UUGAGUAAACAGCAGUGUGUGAUAGGAGACCUGUGAGAUCCAGCUGGUGGUGGUGAAUACGCUUGACAGAAAGGGGGUCAGACAAACAAGCCGGCACCAUGAGUACCGACGCGGAGAUGGCUGUUUAUGGCAAAGCUGCCAUUUACCUCUGUAAGCCAGAGAGGGAAAGACUUGAGGCCCAGAGCAAACCUUUUGAUGCCAACUGCCUGCUAUGAAGAAGAUACAAAGGAGCUGUACUUUAAGGCAACAAUCAUCAAGAAAGAAGGUGCCAAAGUCACUGUCAAAGUCCUGGACACUGAGGAGACCUACUCUGGGUUGUUCUGUGCCACUGUGAACCCCUACAAGUGGCUCCCAGUGUACGAUGCUGAAGUUGUAAGUGCCUACAGAGGCAAGAAGCGUAUGGAGGCUCCACCCCACAUCUUCUCUGUCUCUGACAACGCUUUUCAGUUCAUGCUUAUUGAUAGGGAGAACCAGUCUGUCUUGAUCACUUGAGAAUCUGGUGCUGGAAAGACUGUGAACACUAAACUAAGAGGGACACCUCAAAGGGAAAAGACGCAGCUGAGUAAAGCACUCUGGCAAAUGGGCUGUUUCUAAUCAUAUAAUAUGAUGUGAAAUAAACCACAAUAAAACAGUGUUUUAUCACAAA